AUGGUGCUGCCUCCGAUGGCGUAUGAGUCGGAUCUUGUCAGUAUCAACUCUGUAGAAGAACACGGGUUUCUGCUGUACAACCUGUUGUGGCAAGACCCGCAGCAUCGUAGAUGGUACAUCAGCCCUCAUCAGCAGAGUCCAGGCUACUGGGUCAACGAGGAUGGAACGCCAUUGCCAGAUAUGGAGUCAGCCUUCCUACCCGAGCCAGCUGAUCAGUCGGGACCUUCUAAAGACUACAUGGUCUACAGCUUCUCAAACAACCUGAAGAAAUGGGGCCUGGAGAAAGUAACCGGGGAGGAACUUCUACUUUACAUCUGUGAAGCUCCUCUUACCAAGCUUCAUUACAUAGUAGCAGACGACAGAACAUACCAGUACGGCAUAGAUGUGCAGGACCCCCUCAAGAUACCCAUGGGUCCAUACUUCAUCAAUCAACCCAUUGAUGUUGUCUUUGACCUUUCCAAGAGGAAAAUCACCAACGAUGUUUCACUCAGCUGCCUUGCUGGAGGGUACCCAGCCCCUACCUAUGAAUGGUUUAAAGAAGAUUACCAAGGUGACGUGUUGAUACCUGUCAAGAUUGAUCCCUUGAAAGACACUCGGUUCACUAUCAGUGGAGGCACUCUCAUUAUUCAUGAUCCUAAAAAGGUUGAAGACAGAGGACUGUAUCAUUGCAAAGCCACAAACGACUAUGGAAGUAUAAUAUCAGAAAGUGUUAAACUCACGUUUGGUUUUAUUGGUGAAUUCAACUUGAAAAGAUCACCAGAAAGAGGAGACGAAAACUGGGGAAAAACGGUGUAUUGUGAUCCACCCCAAUACUUUCCAGGUGUAAAGUACUACUGGGCCAGGGACUAUUUUCCCAAUUUUGUAGAGGAAGAUAAGCGAGUUUUUGUAUCUUUUGAUGGAGCGCUAUACUUUUCUGCACUGGAGAAUAUUGACCGAGGAAACUACAGCUGUAACGUGCAGAGCAGAGUGUCUGACACGGGUCGUAACGGACCUUUCUUCCCCCUCUACGUCAAUCCCCAUUCCAAUCAUCAGCAAUUGAAAUUCCCAAAUAAUUUCCCGAAAGCUUUCCCUGAAGCCCCAGUUGCCGGGAAAGAAGUUCGACUCGAGUGUGUGGCGUUUGGAUAUCCGGUCCCGUCCUAUAAUUGGACUCGUAGAGGUGCCGCUUUGCCUCGCCAGGCGGUUCUAACAUCCUACAAUCGAGUCCUGCUGAUACCAAGUGUUCAAGUGGAAGACCAGGGCGAAUAUAUCUGCCGAGCUACAAAUGACCGAGCAAGCAUCGAGAAUGCUGUCGUCCUAUCCAUUCAAGCGGAACCUAACUUUACAAUACCUCUUACUGACAAACACGUGGACAACAAAGGAGAACUAACUUGGACUUGUGAGGCUUUUGGGAUCCCAGAUGUGACAUACGGCUGGCUACGAGAUGGUGAACUUCUGGAGGUGGAGAAACUUCCAACAGAGGAUCGUGAUCGUUAUGUAAUACAAGACAACGUACUUACUAUACGGUACUUGGAUCCUGAGCGAGACCAGGCUAUGUACCAGUGCCGAGCCAAAAAUGAUCUCAAAACUAGAUACUCUUCUGCACAGCUUCGGGUUUUGUCUCUCAAACCAUCAUUCAAAAAGCGGCCUUUGGAAACUGAAACUUAUGCAGCUGAAGGUGGUAAUGUGACGAUUAUUUGUAGCCCAGAAGCAGCUCCAAGGCCAAAAUUCACGUGGAAGAAGGACAAUUUAGUAAUCGGUUCCGGUGGAAGACGUAGAAUUUUGGACAGUGGAAACCUCAUAAUUAGCCCAGUAUCUCGAGAUGAUGAUGGCAUUUACACCUGUAUUGCAGAGAAUCAGUAUGGCAAAGACGAGAGUUUUGGCAGAGUCAUUGUGUUGCGAGGACCAAUGCUUAUUGAACAACUUACACCGAGGAUAGUCACAGCUGUACAAAGGGAUGUUUUCUUAAGGUGUCAAGCGGCUUCAGAGGAAAUCCUAGAUAUCGCCUACAUCUGGACUCACAAUGGGCUGAGAAUACCUCACAGUGAAUAUGAGAACACAAAUAUUAAAAUAGAAGGUGGCACGUUGGUGAUUUACAACAUUACGCUAGCUGAGGGUGGAGAAUAUGAGUGUAUUGUCAAGAGUGCAGUAGGACGAAUCUCAUCAAAGGCGCAAGUGUUCGUAGAAGGCCCCCCUGGUCCACCAGGUGGUGUAUCAGUGGUGGAGAUCUCUCGUUACUCGGCCACCGUCCAGUGGACUGACGGAGCCACCAACGGACGACCUAUCAACAGAUACAUCAUCUCUGCUCGCACCAGCUGGAAUAAUACCUGGGUUAACAUAUCAGAGAAUGUGAUUGCUAAGGAAGUAGACAGAUACACCGGACGCAAGGAAGCUAGGCUAGAGGAUGUGCUGUCUCCAUGGUCUGCGUAUGAGUUUAGAGUUCUAGCAGCCAAUGUACUGGGGUACGGACAACCCUCGUCACCAUCCCCCAUGUACAACACACCCCCAGACAAGCCGCGCAGAGCUCCUUCCAACGUUGGCGGAGGGGGUGGCAAGAUCGGAGACUUGACUAUAUCCUGGACGCCUCUACCAUCUCAAGAUCAAGCCGGCCCAGGAAUUUACUACAAGGUCUUCUGGAGAAGGCACGGAAAAGACUCCGAAUUCCAGAGCAUGGAUCUUAAAGAUCAUGGAAACAUUGGUGUAACUGUUGUUAGAAUCCAGCAAGAGUUUUACUACACUAAAUAUGAUGUGAAAGUGCAGCCGUUCAACUCGAUUGGUGCUGGGCCUGAGAGCGAGAUAGUGACCAUCUACAGUGCUGAGGACAUGCCUCAAGUGGCUCCUCAACAGGUGUCUGCUAGAGGGUUCAACUCCACAUCCCUCAAUGUCAGUUGGGUGCCCAUCGAACAGACAAGGGAGAAGAUCCGUGGUCGCCUCAUUGGUCACAGGUUGAAGUACUGGAACGAGAAGAACAGAGAGGAAGAUGCUGUAUAUUUUCUCAGCCGAACCACCCGUCCUUGGUCCCUGCUUAUUGGUCUACAGCCCAAUACAUAUUACUACGUGAAAGUAAUGGCUUACAAUGCUGCAGGAGAAGGACCUGAAAGUGAACGGUUUUUGGAAAAGACAUACAGGAAAGCUCCUCAGAAGCCUCCUUCUUCAGUGCAUUUGAAGGCUUUGAACCCAACGUCUGUCCGUGUUGUUUGGCGAUACGUCACCCCCAGUGCUGAGGAAGAACCUCUGAUUGGUUACAAGGUUCGAGUUUGGGAGGUAGACCAAGACAUGAGCACUGCUAAUGACACUUUCGUCUCAGUUGGAAAUGAUCUUGAAGCCAUCGUCACCGAUCUCUCACCUGGGAAAACUUACAACCUUCGAGUGCUAGCUUUCUCCAACGGAGGGGACGGAAGAAUGUCCUCUCCUACCUUUGUCUUCCAAAUGGGUGAACCGUCCUCUUUUCGCAGCACUGGUAACAGAAGAGUCUCGGCUGUUGGUCUCGUUCUUAACUGUGUGGCCUUCGGUCUCCUUAUAACUACUUUCCUCACCUAAUUCCCGACUCACAAUCGCACAUUCCAAAAGCAUUUGUAUGUAUCAUUACGAUAAAUCUCAUUUUUGUUAAAUUCUCAUAAGCAUAUCAUUGUGGACUAUUUUUUUUUACAUUAUACCACAAACUACUUUUGAGUGACAUGAACACAAAUUUUUGUUUUUAAGUUGACAUACAAAGAAACACAUUCUGAUUCUUGAGUGAAUGUUUGUAGAUGUAUAUCGUUUAUUGAUUUUAUAUGACAACGACAAACAGGUAAUACUUGUAUUUAAAGACUGCUUUGUAUAUUAUCUGAAUAUUCACGUAUAUAACAAAUUAAAUUUUGGUAAAAAAAUCUAUCUACAUCCACAUUGUUCUACAAGCAUCAGAAAAAUAUUGUUUUUAGUAGAUUUUUCAAAGAAUUUAAAUAAUAUUAAGUUUUGAUAUUUUUUAUAAUUGAUUUUAUAACUUUUGCGUUUUAUAAAAUGUAUUGGAUCCUCACAAGAUCUUUGUUGUAACUUAAUGGCUUUUGAUAAGAGUUUUAAAACUUACUUCAUGCGUUAUAUCAGUGUUUUUUUACCUUCUUGGGCUGUGUAAAUGAUAACUUUAUUCAAAGUCAAAAUCAAUUACUUAACUAAAAAUAUUUAGAGGAUAUUUUCUUAUUGUAGAGACCUUGUUUGUUAUGUGUUAAGUAGAACAAAUUAAUUAAUUUGUAUGAAUAAUAAAUAAAAUUUAUAUAUGUCUGUUAGCAUAAAGCAGACAGUGCAUGGCAAAUUAGAACAAAUAAAUAAAUAGAGGUUUGGUUUGUAUUUUUCCACAAAAUUUGUGUUGUGAAAUCUAUAUAGUGCAAUGAUUCAUUUCCUGUAUCGCAUAUGCCUUAUGAUCAAGUUGAAAAUUUUCAAAAUAACAUCCAUAUUUAUGUCAUUGCAAGAAAUAGGGGACGUUACUUAAAUACAGCUUAGCGCGUUAUUUGUAUAACGUAAAAGCAGCUAAUAUUACUGUCAAUAGUUACAUUAAAGUUUAAAAAAUAGUAAAAACGGAACUCUUUCAGGUUCUGGUCUUCCAUAUUCUCUUUUUCAAACUCAAUUUGCUAAAUUCUAAGCAAAAAUAUGUUUGUCAAAUGUUUCUAAUUUUAUCAAUGCUUGUAACUAUUAAAAAGGACAGAUUUAUAAAUUUGUGAAUGAUUCAGAUGUUCAUUCCUGCACUUAAUGGUGUUUGCACAGUAUAUAUUUAUAUUCUAGCUUUUAAUGUAGUAUAAAAGCAUUUGUUUACAUAGGAGACCAAUAUAAAUAUUUUUAUAAAGAAAUAGCAGUAGUUGAGAGUUUAACAUAAUAUAUAGAUAGCAUAAUAUAAUUUACAUAAUUAUGUAUACCAUAGCAAAUAUCCAAAGUGCCUGAACCAGAUAUUCUUUUUCAAACUGUUUUCAUCGCAUCAUGCCAAUCCAAACGUACUUAAAAUUAUUUACAGGGUGUUACAAAAGUGCAUUGCACAGACUUUCCGUCCUUUUUAUUAACCAAUAAUCCUUGUUGUAAGUUGUAACAUCUUAUCACAAUUCUAAAUUAUUUUUAUAUAUGUUAUUUGUACUGCUUUGGCUUUAAUAAUUUUUUAACAGAUUUAUAUUUCUCGUGUUUUUUAUCAUUAUUUUUAGGAAACAAGUCAAUUCCAAAUAAAAUGAAUAAUGCAGUCAAAGCUCAUGAUAUAAGAUCAGCAAGAAAAUUGUCAUAAUAACGGUACAGGGUGUACAGGUAACCUAAAAGUUGUAUCAUGCAAAAAUCUUUGUGAGUAUCACAAAAUGAAAAUAUUCAAAUAUAUUAGUUUGUUACUCUAUUCUAUUCUAUUAAAGACAAGUGAUUAUUUUGUAUGAGUUAAGUACACUUUACAAUAUUGCCAACUCAUUUUACUUUUACCACGUUUUAUUUUACUUUCAACCUGGAAUUGACUCAGUUUUCACUUUUAAAUUUUUAUUCCUUGAUUGAUUUCCUAAUAUAUAUAAUAUAUAAUAUAUACAAUAUUAAUAUAUUAAUAUAUAUAAGAUUAUAUUAAACUGUGAAGUGAAUUCGUUUUUUGUAUUAUAACUGGAGGCAGUAUGAAAUUGACAUAUGUAUUUAUUACUUAUAAUAGAAUUUCAACUUAGCAAAAUAUGUUGUGUAAUCAACAUCUUUACACUUCAUUUUACUGUAAAAAUAUGAAUCUCUGGUUGAAUAUAACUUGGACUGUAAAUGUUAUGUGAUGUUAUCUCAAUGUGAACAAAUUGUGUUUUACAUUUUAUUUUGUAAACAAUGUUGUAGUGUUGUUUUGUAUUUUUUGUAUUGAUAUUGUAAAUGUUGCUGUUUAAUACACCAGCUGCCUGUAUGCCGUCCAUCUUAUAUUAUUAGUUAUAUUAUAUAUUUUAGUUUUAUAAAUUGACAAUAAAAUGAUAAAUCGA